GUGAUUUGGUGAUGCUGUAACUUCGUCUUAAAUAUGUUGUCGUUUUGACUCGCAUUACAAUAUGUUAUCGUUUAAUUUACGAUACACUGUAAUUAAUUAAUAGUUUCAAUAUUAUAGAAACGUUUGGUCCUUUAGUCGGAGAGACUGAUAUGCGACAGAGGAUCCAACGUCGCGACUGAAACCUAGAUCCCAAUUCUCCGUUUCCACCACUGUCUCUCCUCCGUCGUUAGGGUUUCUCAGGUUCACAUCUGUUGGAAACUUAUUGCAACUCCUAAAGGCAUUUCACAUAUUUGCUUUUAUGCGUACGAGGCUUGGGGGAUAUUUAUAUAAUCCGAAAUAACUCUUUUCUUAUCAUGGAGACUCUGUGGACUCUUUUGUAUUUGCUAGAACCUGCUCCAGCUACUCUCAUUGUCACAGCUGUCACCGUGACAUUUGCAUCCGCUUUCCGUGCACUUAACUACGGGAAAGAGAUGGAGAGAAACCGUGACUUCUCUGAAGCAUCCAUAACACUAGAUAGCUCUCAGGCCUUGAUGAUCCCAGUUAUGAGCUCUUGCAGUUUGCUUCUCAUGUUCUAUUUGUUCUCUUCUGUUUCUCAGCUCCUGACCGCGUUUACAGCCAUCGCCUCUGUUUCUUCUCUCUUCUAUUGGUUAUCACCAUAUGCGGUAUAUAUGAAGACGCAGCUUGGUCUAUCUGAUCCCUUUCUUUCACGCUGCUGCUCCAAAUCGUUUACAAGAAUCCAAGGAUUGCUACUUGUGGCUUGUGCUAUGACAGUUGUGGCAUGGCUCAUCUCUGGCCAUUGGGUGUUGAACAAUUUGCUCGGAAUCUCCAUUUGUAUUGCGUUUGUUAGCCAUGUUCGUCUUCCUAAUAUCAAAAUCUGUGCAAUGCUCCUCGUGUGUCUCUUUGUAUAUGACAUAUUCUGGGUUUUCUUCUCUGAGAGAUUCUUUGGUGCUAACGUUAUGGUGGCCGUGGCAACCCAGCAAGCAUCAAACCCAGUUCACACAGUGGCUAACAGUUUGAAUCUUCCUGGACUGCAAUUGAUCACAAAGAAACUGGAACUACCUGUUAAAAUUGUGUUUCCUCGGAACCUAUUGGGCGGUGUGGUGCCCGGUGUGAGUGCCUCAGAUUUCAUGAUGCUUGGUCUUGGUGACAUGGCUAUCCCUGCAAUGCUUUUGGCUUUGGUCCUCUGCUUUGACCAUCGAAAAACUAGAGAUGUGGUGAAUAUUUUUGAUCUAAAAUCUUCCAAGGGACACAAAUACAUUUGGUAUGCACUUCCCGGAUAUGCCAUUGGCUUGGUGGCGGCUCUAGCUGCAGGUGUCUUGACCCACUCACCUCAGCCAGCUCUACUUUAUCUGGUACCAUCUACGUUAGGACCGGUGAUCUUCAUGUCAUGGCGGAGAAAGGAUCUUGCGGAGCUGUGGGAAGGACCUGCAUUAUCUAAUCCCAUUGAGAAAUCUCAUGAAAUAGAGAUCUGAGUUUAUUAUAUCAAUCAAGAUGAUUCAGAAAUCUAAAACAUAUUACAUAAAACAAAGACGCUUAGUAGGAAAACAUCAGAUCAAGAAUUCUUGUAUUCUUAAGUUCCCAAAAAAAGAAAAAAAAAAAAAAAAUUGGUCAGAAAGAGAGAUGAUGUCUUAUAUCCCUCAUUUUUUUUGCGUUACUCAAAGGGAGGAAAAAUAAACAAUUAACAAGUUCUUUAAUUUUUUCUUAUGAAUAGAGAUACCAAUACUAAAAAACGUUGGCUUUUGUAAUGAAGA